GGACUCGUGGCUGAAUGACGACAUGGAUAUACAGCUAGCGGGAUAUACGCUGCAUCGGCAAGAUGGAACAGCGCACUCCGGUGUCCCUCAGUAUGAGUGGAGAUGGACGGAGGAAGAGAGACGGUGAUGACAACGGUUGGGCUUCCAGGGGUGAAUACAUGGCUGCCAAGGUGUCCAAGCUGGAUGAGCAGUUUAAGCUGGACGCCCCGAGAGAGAAGCUGAAAUAUGGAGCCUGCUCCAGCAUCUUCACUGGGGUGGCCAUCUAUGUCAAAGGGUACACAGAGCCCAGUGUGGACGAGCUGCGCAGGCUGAUGAUGCUGCAUGGGGGUCAGUUCCACGUGUACUACUCCCAAUCUAACACCACCCACAUCAUCGCUACCAACCUGCCCAACAGUAAGAUACAGGAGCUGAGGGACCAGAAGGUGGUCCGGCCGGAGUGGAUCACUGACAGUAUCAAGGCUGGCCAUCUCCUGUCCUACCUGCAGUACCAGCUCUAUGCCAAGCAGAAAGGCCUGAGCUUCCCCAGUGUGUCUGUUCACCAGGGCCAAGAGCCUGCAGGACCCCUCCAUGGGCACCUCCUACCCAGCCACAGCCUCCCUUUACCCAGCCUCAAUAACCACAACCCAGCCCCUAGCCGUGGGCAGCCCCUAUCCAGGCACCACACUCCUACAUCCAGCCACAGUCAUCUACACACAGACAAUCUACACCCCCAACCCAACUACUCUAACCCCCUAGCUAGCCACCGCAGCCCCCAGCCCAGUCACUCUCUCCCCAGCCACCUCGGCCCCCAGCCCAGUCACUCUCUCCCCAGCCACCUCGGCCUCCUCGGCCCCUUUUCCUCCAACCACCUUUACUCUGACCCAGGGCACAUCACCCACCACCCACCCAGCCACGGGCAACCCAAGUUAGACUGCAUCCAGCCUCCUCCUUCAGCCUACACCCACCCACAGACCCCUGGUCCCGUCCCUGCAAACCCCAGCCAUGAGCACUCUAAACCUGGACAGGCACAACCUCCUUCCGUCCUCUGCAUCUCCAGUCACCUCCAGCACAGCUACCGGGAGCUGGACUUCAGACUGAAUGGAUCAUUGCUGACCUCUUAUGAAAAGACUAGAAGCGUCAAAAUGAACGGGGUCCAAGAGUUGGGUGGUGAGGACCCCUGUCCUGUCAGAACUCCCAGAGGGGUGAAUGACCCCACUCUGACCAAUGGUCACACACAUCCUGGGAAUGGUGCCAUAAAGUCUCUGGACCUCUCCCCAAACCCCACACGACCCACACCCACUCCAGACAGGGGGUUACCCCAUACUCUCCAAUCCAUACCCCCACAGCCUGACAGCCCCUUAUCCAAACCCCCUAUCCAACAUGACACCCCCAGACCUCCCCCUGUUUCUCACCACAAACACCACGCACAACCGGCCAAUGAACAGAGACCCAAGGCCCCUCCGCCCACCUAUCAGGAGGCGAUGGCUGUCUCGGCAUCUCGCCCUCUGGAUCUCCCUCCUCAAUCAGAUUUCCCUCCUGAGAAACAACUCCCCCCUGCUAACCCAAACCCCUCCCCAACCCCUGUCUGUCUGAAUGGCAGCCACCACAAUGUUUUUCCUUCUAACCCCACCCCCCUGGAAACCAACAGCCUAUCAGCCAACACCUUUCCUUCUAACCCCACCCCCCUGGAAACCAACAGCCUAUCAGCCAACACCUUUCCUUCUAACCCCACCCCCCUGGAAACCAACAGCCUAUCCGCCAACACCUUUCCUUCUAACCCCACCCCCCUGGAAACCAACAGCCUAUCAGCCAACCCCUUUCCUUCUAACUCCACCCCCCUGGAAACCAACAGCCUAUCAGCCAACCCCAUUCCCUCAAACUACGCUCCUCCACACCACGACCAACAAUCAGCAAAGGUGAAGACCGGGGGGAUCAUCGCAGAGUUUUACUGCCACUCUCGUCUACACCACAUCUCCACGUGGAGGAGUGAGUUCUCUGAGUAUGUCAACACGCUGCAGAGCAGGAGGAGGGCCACAGGGGGCGCCACCUUCCCCGGGAGAGACCGGCUCAGACACCAGAGGAGAGAGGGUUUGUCAGCUGCUCCUGGCCCUCAGUCCUGUAUCCUGCAUGUGGACAUGGACUGUUUCUUUGUCUCCGUGGGGAUCAGACACAGACCAGACCUCAAAGGGAAGUCUGUAGCGGUGACCAGUAACCGUGGUCCAGGCAGAGUGGCCCAGAGGCCUGGUGUUGACCACCAGCUGGAGCUGCAGUACUACCAGAAAAAAUACUCCUAUCCAGCUGUGUCAGAGAGGAAGGAUGGGGACCUGGAGGAAAUGACAUCAUCAGAGACGGAGAGUCACAUCUCCCAUGGCAACAGUGUUGACCAGGAUACUGCUGCCCUCUCUAUGGCUGAGAUCGCCUCCUGUAGCUAUGAGGCCAGGCUGGCGGGGGUGAGGAACGGUAUGUUUUUUGGCCAGGCCAAACAACUGUGUCCCUCCCUGCAGUCUGUCCCUUAUGACUUCGCGGCCUACAAGAAGGUAGCCCUGGCCAUGUAUGAGACCCUCGCCAGUUAUUCUCACGACAUCGAGGCCCUGAGUUGUGACGAGGCAUUGGUGGAUAGCUCUGCCCUGCUGGCUGAGUUGAGUGUUACACCAGAUGAACUUGCCAGUGCCAUCCGGGCAGACGUCAGGGAGAGGACUGGGUGCUCCGCCUCAGUGGGCAUGGGGUCCAACAUCCUGUUGGCGAGAAUGGCUACCCGGAAGGCUAAGCCGAACGGACAGUACCUCCUGAGGUCAGAGGAAGUGGAUGACUUCAUCAGGGACCAGACGGUGACCAGCCUACCAGGUGUGGGCCGUUCUAUGGGUGGUAAACUAGCAUCUCUGGGUGUGAGGUCAUGCGGGGACCUGCAGCAGGUGUCUCUGCAGCGGCUGCAGAAGGAGUUUGGCCCUCGCACUGGUCAGACCCUCUUCAGGUUCUGCCGAGGUCUGGACGACCGGCCCGUCCGUAGUGAGAAAGAGAGGAAGUCUGUCUCGGCUGAGAUGAACUACAACAUCCGCUUCACACAGGUGGACGAGGCGGAGUCGUUCCUGACCCACCUGUCCAUUGAGGUGCAGAAGCGUCUACAGGGGGCAGGGCUUAGGGGUCGCAGGCUGACCCUAAAGGUCAUGGUCUGUAAGGCAGGGGCCCCGGUGGAGCCAUCCAACUACAGUGGUCAUGGCACCUGUGACAAUUUGGCUAGGUCAGUGACCCUGGCCCAGCUUACAGACUGUGGUCAUUUGAUAGCCAGUGAGGUCAUCAAGCUGUUCCACACAAUGAGGCUGAAGGUGCAGGACCUGAGGGGGGUGGGCCUCCAGGUGCAGCUCCUCGAGGGGGUCCACUCCGUCCCCAAGGACCCCUCGGGCCCUAAAACAUGCUCCAUCAGAGACAAGCUGCUGGCCCAGCGCCACCCUGCCCAACAUAACCAUACAGAUUCGCUACCUAAUACCGCCAUUACUGACACAUGCACCAGUCAGGAAAAUAGUUCCUCUGCCAGAGUCCUGUCCCCCUUCUCCACUCCCCGCCCUACAUCGCCUGCUGAGCCAAACCCAGGGACAAGUAAAGGAGAGCCGCCACCCUCUACACACACACCUAACCAUGUUGGUACACGCCUUAACCUCAGCAUGGAGGUCUCCCCUCCCUCACAGGUGGACCGGUCGGUGUUGGAGGCCUUGCCUGCCGAGUUGAGAGAACAGGUGGAGCACUCCUGGACCCACAGAGACACAGAGAGAACCCACAACGGGUCACACCAACGCCCCCUUCACCAUGGCCCCUCUUCUCCUCUCUCUUCCUGUUCAUCUUCCCCUCUACCCUCCUCUCCUCCUCCCCCCGCUGCCCCUCCUGUAGGAGCACUGGUGCUUCAGAUCCCCAACCAGUCUGGACAGACCGGCUCCACAGGCAUCAUACUGGAACUGCCUGACUUCUCCCAGGUUGACCCGGAGGUGUUUGCAGCACUCCCCAGAGAACUCCAGGAGGAGCUGCGUUCAGCGUACGGCCGCAGAGAGAACGCCCAGGCCAAGAGGAUCAUGGCAGACCAGAGGAAGCCCCUGUUGCAUCUGAAGCAUGUGGGGGUGGGUCGGAUGAAGCACUGCUACAAGAAGAGUGCCAACAGCCCUGCCAAGAAAGGCCCCUCCCCUCUAAAGAGGCCCCGCCCACCAGGAAACACCCCGGCCAAAGACCUACCACACGUGCUCAGACCCAGGGACCUACCCAAUGGCCUCAAGCUGGAGAAUGGACCUUCCACCUCCCCCCUACAGCAGGACGACCCAGAGACUCUGUCCAAGUUCACCCCUCACCCUGAACCCACCCUGGCUGGAGCUUGUGAUUUCAUGGACAUCCGAACACUACUCAGAGAAUGGGUCACUACCAUCUCAGACCCCAUGGAGGAGGACAUUCUGCAGGUAGUCAAGUACUGCACUGAUCUGAUCAACGACAAAGACCUAGAGAAACUUGACCUGAUCAUCAAGUACAUGAAGAGGUUGAUGCAGCAGUCUGUGGAGUCUGUAUGGAGCAUGGCCUUUGACUUCAUCCUGGACAACGUGCAGGUGGUGGUACAGCAGACCUACGGCAGCACUCUGAAGAUCACGUAGGAGAGGGCAGCACUCUGAAGAUCACAUAGGAGAGGGCAGCACUCUGAAGAUCACGUAGGAGAGGGCAGCACGCUGAAGCUCACGUAGGAGAGGGCAGCACUCUGAAGAUCACGUAGGAGAGGGCAGCACGCUGAAGCUCACGUAGGAGAGGGCAGCACUCUGAAGAUCACGUAGGAGAGGGCAGCACUCUGAAGAUCACGUAGGAGAGGGCAGCACUCUGAAGAUCACGUAGGAGAGGGCAGCACUCUGAAGAUCACGUAGGAGAGGGCAGCACUCUGAAGAUCACGUAGGAGAGGGCAGCACGCUGAAGCUCACGUAGGAGAGGGCAGCACUCUGAAGCUCACGUAGGAGAGGGCAGCACUCUGAAGCUCACGUAGGAGAGGGCAGCACUCUGAAGCUCACGUAGGAGAGGGCAGCACUCUGAAGAUCACGUAGGAGAGGGCAGCACUCUGAAGAUCACGUAGGAGAGGGCAGCACUCUGAAGCUCACGUAGGAGAGGGCAGCACUCUGAAGAUCACGUAGGAGAGGGCAGCACUCUGAAGAUCACGUAGGAGACGGCAGCACGCUGAAAAUCACGUAGGAGACGGCAGCACGCUGAAGAUCACGUAGGAGACGGCAGGCUCUGGGCAAGUCUCAAAUCACACCCUAUUCCCCAUAUAGUGCACUGGUCAAAAGGUAUUAUACUAAUAUGUGGAGGAUAGAAUGCCAUUUGAGAUCCAGUUUUGCUCCUCCUGCCCCUGUUUGUUGUGCCACUGUUACAUCAUCCGACUAUUACAUCAUGAUCCUGUGGGAGGAGCUGGGUCAAAUCUGGGUCAAAUCAUAAUGUCUGGGAUCUUCAGCACGGAAAGUCGGAGUUCUAGAAAGAUGCCAGAGUUUUAGAGUUGGAUGACCAUUUCAAACUAUUUUUCCCAUUUCCCAGUUGUCUUGAAGGCACUGAAGUCGGAAGUCAGAGUUCCUAGUUCCCAGUUGUUUUGAACACGACAGUAACCUGGACACGUGUUCUCUUCUUGUGUCAUCACAGUGAAAGAGUUCUGUGACAUCAGCACAACAACCCUAUAUCUCUCACUUUGACAUCAGCAGAGCCCAACCUGCCUUCUGUUGUGACGUCGUCAUAACACACGUCAGCAGAACAGAGCACAGAUAUCGGCUGCGCUACACUUUGAAAAAUCUAACUUGGCCCAUCACACAAUGUCCAACUUUCCAUGGGUCGGAGGGGGAGGGGCAGGAACCCUCUUCCUGUAGCCCCUAUUGGUCAGGACCCACUGAAAGUCAUGAGUAAUGGUAGAGUUGGCCACUAGGUCUGUGAAUAUGCCAAUCGUACCAGUAUAGGACAGACUGAGACCUAGAGAUGGCCAUGGUAUCUCCUUGCUGUCUCCACUGCAUUCUUCCUCGUUCUUUGACAUGCAGGGUUUGGAAGCAGAAAGCAGAGACCUCUUCCAGUCUUCUGUAUUCUGUUUCUUUUCACUCUCUCUGCUUUGCACCAGCUGUUCUGUUACUCUAAGCUUUGCACCAGUUGUUCUGUUACUCUAAGCUUUGCACCAGUUGUUCUGUUACUCUCUGCUUUGCACCAGUUGUUCUGUUACUCUCUGCUUUGCACCAGUUGUUCUGUUACUCUCUGCUUUGCACCAGUUGUUCUGUUACUCUAAGCUUUGCACCAGUUGUUCUGUUACUCUAAGCUUUGCACCAGUUGUUCUGUUACUCUCUGCUUUGCACCAGUUGUUCUGUUACUCUAAGCUUUGCACCAGUU